AUGAUCGAGGGUGACGGUAUCGGUGUUGAGAUUUCUGAGGCUGUUAAGGACAUUUACAAGGCCGCCAAGGUCCCAAUUGACUGGGAGCUUGCUGAUGUCACUCCUAUCUUUGUUGACGGUAAGACUUCGAUUCCUCCUGAGGCCAUCGAGUCCAUCAACAAGAACAAGGUUGCCCUUAAGGGACCCCUUGCUACCCCUGUUGGUAAGGGUCACGUUUCUCUUAACUUGACUCUCCGUAGAACUUUCAACUUGUUCGCCAACGUUCGUCCUUGUAAGAGCGUUGUUGGUUUCCAAACCCCCUAUGAGGACGUUGACACCGUCUUGAUCAGAGAGAACACCGAGGGUGAGUACUCUGGUAUUGAGCACGUUGUUGUUCCUGGUGUUGUCCAAUCUAUCAAGCUCAUCACUAGAGCUGCUUCUGAGCGUGUGGCUCGUUAUGCUUUCGAGUACGCUCGUUCCAUCGGCAAGAAGAAGGUCCUUGUCGUGCACAAGGCUACUGUCAUGAAAUACGGUGACGGUUUGUUCUUGGAGAGUGCCCAAAAGAUUGCCAAGGAGUUCCCUGACAUCGAGAUCCACACCGAGCUCAUUGACCGUACCUGUUUGAACAUGGUCACCAACCCUGCUCCUUACAAGGAGUACGUCAUGGUCAUGCCCAACUUGUACGGAGAUAUCAUGUCUGAUUUGUCUUCCGGUUUGAUUGGUGGUCUUGGUUUGACCCCCUCCGGUAACAUGGGUGACGAGGUCUCCAUCUUCGAGGCCGUCCACGGAUCUGCUCCCGAUAUCGCUGGCAAGGGUUUGGCCAACCCCACCGCCCUGCUGCUUUCAUCUGUUAUGAUGUUGAGACACAUGGGUCUUAACGACGAGGCCGCCAGAAUCGAGAAGGCUGUUCUCGACACCAUUGCCUCUGGUAAGGAGAACAUCACCCGUGACCUUAAGGGUACUGCUUCUACCAAGCACUUCACCGAGCAAGUCAUCAGCAGACUCUAA